AUAAUUUAUUUCACUCUAACAGUUUACUAUGACCAGUACCGAUAACACUGGAUCUGUCACUAAGGACUUGGAGUCUUUGAAACUCCAAUCUUUAACUCCGUUGGAACUUUCGAAUUCUUAUGUCCCUGCCAAAUAUUCGUUGGAUCUCACCAUCAAUCAUUUAAAACCAAAUUUCAAUGGUCAAGUUAUUAUUGAUUUAAUUAAGAAUGACAACUUUAAUGGAAACAUUCCCGAUCAUUUCGAAUUGAGUUUGAAUUGUCAUCGUUUGGUAUUGACCAGUAUUGAAUUAGUUCAAGAAUCAGUCGAACCAAUAAAGUUAUCAGCAAAUUAUGAUAGAAUUAAUCAUCGAGUUAAAUUAACUAGUACAACCACCAUAGUACCUUCAACCCUCAAUAAUGCUAAAGUCAUUAUUAAAUAUAUGGGUCAAUUAAAUACUAUUAAGAACUAUAAUGAUCCUACAGUUGGAAUGUUUAAGACUAAUUAUAUGGAUAAUGAUAAUGGUCGAGCUGAUAAUCUUAUUUUAGCAACUCACUUCCAACCAUUCUAUGCUCAUUUGGUAUUCCCAUUGAUAGAUGAACUUAAUUAUAAAGUUCCUAUUGAAUUAUCAAUAACUGCCUUAUCUAAAUUUAAAGUUAUUUCUAACGAAUCAUUAGUAUCUUCAGAAAUUAUUCCAAUGACUCCUAAUUCAAAAUUCGUAUUCAAACCAACCCCACCAAUUUCUCCAUCAGUAUUUGGAUUUGUUAUUGGUGACCUUGAACAUCUUGAAUCACUUCAAGUUGAAAAUAUUCCUGUGAGAAUUUAUACUACUAUUGGAGAUAGUAUUCAAGCAAGUUAUGCAUUAAAAGUAGUUGAGAAAGUUUUACCUAAAUUAGUAUCCUUAUUUGGUCCAUUCCCAUUAUCAAAAUUUGAUCUUGUUUCCAUUCCAUUUCUUACAGAUGGUGCUAUGGAAAACUGGGGGAUGGUAACUGUAUUAUCAAACCAGCUCCUUAUAGAUGAACAUACAGCAUCAAACUCCCAAAAGAUUCAAGUUCAACAAUUGAUUGCGCAUGAAUUGAUUCAUCAAUGGUUAGGCAAUUUAGUUGGAUUUGAUGAUUUUAAGUAUCUUUGGUUAAAUGAAAGUUUUGCUACAUUCUUAGGGAAUUACAUUGUCAAAACUUUCAAUUUUGGUACAAACCAGAUCGACUUUGUAGAGUCUGUAAUGGAUAAGGAUGGAAGUUCAGAUGCUAUGAACUCUAUUCAAUCAUAUAUGGCUAGUGUAGAUACAAGUAUCACAUCAUCAACUACAUCCAGUAUAUUUGAAACAAACUCAUACGAAAAAGGAAUGAUCAUAUUAAGAAUGGUUGCCAGUGUAAUCAAAUCUGAAUAUAGUGAUAUUGAAGAUUAUACCCCUUUCUUUAAUGGUUUAAAAUCAGCCAUCGAACAUUUCAAGUAUAAAUCUAUUAAACCGUUUGAUUUAUGGUCUCAAUUGAAUAAUUCUACCUCCGUAGAUUUGCUUAGUUUUGUUCAUUCAUGGCUUCAAUAUGAAGGAUAUCCUCUUUUGAAAGUCAGUUAUAAGAAUGAUAAAUUAUAUAUUGAACAACAUAGAUUUUUAGAGGAUUCGACACUCGAAGAAUCAAACUUAGAAGAUACUCCAUUUCAUGUACCAUUACUUAUCAAAGUUCAAGAUGAUCAUGGUGAGUAUAAAACAUUAAAUUUGUUAUUGACUGAUAGAUCAAUUGAGUUGGAUAUUCCCAAGAACCAAUUUGUUAAUAUCAAUCAUCUCAAAGGUGGUUAUUAUCGUGCAAUGUAUGAUUUUGACCUUGAUAUUAAACGUAUUAACAGUAUUGAUUUAAUAUCUAUCUUGCAUGAUUAUGGAAAGAUAAUCCUCAAAACAAUUCAUGGAUCUACUGGUGAUUUGACAAAAUCACUUAAUAUUUUAAGUCAAUUGACUAAGAAAUCAUGGACUGUAGAUUGGAAAGUAUUAAAAGUGGCCUUGGGUUAUCUUGAAAGUCUUAAUAAUACCUUGAUUAAUUUCACAACUUAUGAAGAGUUCAGAUCAAUUUGGUUGAAAUCCUUCAUUAAUGAAUUAUACAAUAAGAUUGGUAAUUGGGAUUCAUUAUUGAAUUUAAACCAUAAUCAACAGAUACAUUCAUCUAUUGAAUUGGAAGUUAGAAAUUCAGUAUUGACUUUGGCUUUAUCACUUGAUGGAACAGACUUGAAAGUUCAGAGUCAGAAAUUUGCUAGUAAAUUAAUGAAAAAUUUCCUUAAUUCCAGUAAAAGUUUCAUUCCCAGCCAAAUUUUAUCAUCCAUGUUUAUCGGUACAAUUCAACAGAAUAAUAUUAAGGAUUAUAAGAAGAUUAUGGAAUUAGUCAAGAAUUCUAAUUCGUCAAUAUUGACCCAUACUGAUUUAAAUAACCCCAAUGAAUUACAAACCAUUGCAGUAAGUUCAUUAUCGUUUGUAACCAAUGAAGAACUCAUUACAAAGACUUUAAACUUUGUCAUGACUAAUAUUGAUUCAAAGAUGAUUGAAUUGAGUUUAAUUGGAUUUCAAUACAAAUCGGAUCUUGAAUCUAGAAUAAAGUUAUUUAAUUGGUAUAAAUUACAUUAUGAUCAAUGGAUCUUAAAGUCCUUACGGAAAGGAUCUGAUUGGUCCAAACAAUUAGGUAAUACUAUGAUCAAUUUAACUUCACUUAUUAUUGGUGAUAUCAUGCAAAAGAAUGAUGCGCAAUUGCAGCAAUUGGUCCAACAAUUUGUGGCUUUAAAGUCAUCAUCUUUACCUAAUCAUGGCUUACAAGAGUUAGUUGAACAAAUUAACGAGAGCAAUGUAGUCAAGACUUCUAUUGCAUCUAUCUAUGCAGAAGUGAUUAGCAACUUCAACUUAUCAUAACCAAUAUAUAUUUAGAUAGAUACGUAAAUACAUAGAUAGAUAGAUAGAUAGCCAUUUCCUGUAUAUAAAAUAGAUUAGAG